GUUAAGGUUUUUAUUUUUAUUGACAACGAAACAUUGUCAACAUGGCAGACUGGCGAAGCAAACCUAGAAACGGUGCAGUUUCCCUCAGCUCGGAGGAAAUGUUGGAUACAGAGAAUCAACGGAGAGUCACAGGGCUGGCUGAUAAAGUAUCAUUAUUGAAAGGGAUAGCACUUGACAUUGAGUCCGAGUCCAAAGAUUCCAACAGAUAUAUUGAUUCCAUGAGUGGUGAUUUUAGCAGUUCUGAAGGCUUGCUCUCUGGGAGUAUGCACCGACUAUCUCACAUGGUUGGAUCUGGCAAAAAUAACCGCAAGCUGAUGUGUUAUAUUGUGUUUGGAUUGGUGCUACUAUUUGUUGUAACAUAUUACUUCCUGUCCAGAAUCAGAGUCUAGCAAGACGCAUUGAGGACUUCUAAAAAUGUAAAAUAAAACAAUAUCUCCACAUUGAGAAGAUAAAAACACUUUGAAAAUUACAGAAUAAUCUGAGUGAUCAAUUACUGUAUCAGUCGAUACAGUCUGAAACAAUGCCAUAAGUUGGGUACACCUAAUAAUUGUAGGGACAAGCAACUGUGAUGAUUUAACAAACUAACGAAAAAUGUUUGUAGUUUCUCUAUAAUGUUAUUUCAUUUGUACCAAACAUGUUACUAAUUUCCUAUUUACAGCAGCUGAUUGCUACAUGUUGAAUGAUUUAUUACGUUGUAAAAAGAAAAUGUUAUAUGUAUUUCUUGUCAUACCAGUUCCAUAGUUAAAAAGCAUUCAGGUGUUGUUUUAGAAUCAAAGGAAAGAUAUACUCAGUAGAGAAAGUUGUCCGUCCUUUGAUGGUAUCGUUAAUAAAUUUCCUUCCUUUUUAAAAAAAAAAAAAUUACCUUCCUUUGUCAGAAAAGAAAAUAAAGUCCUCUUUAUGGUGACGGUCCACAAAAUGAUUUCAAGAUUAAUUUUCAAUUUUUUAAUUUCUUUUUAGCUCUAACUAAAUAUAAGAAUUUCUGAAAACGUAUAAUAUACUGUAAAGAUGUUUUACGUAAAAUAAAUUUUAAAAAAGACCAUUAACAUUUUUUAUUCUGAUUUUGCUUUGGUCGAGAGUUUUAAUUUACUUUUCCUAAUUCAAAAGUGAUUGUAAUCUUAUUUCAAGUAUUGGAUAAGGAAAUUACUGAACAUCAACUCCUUUAAAUCAUUCUGUGAUCUAAUAUCACAUUUUGCGUUCAUUACCUUCUUAGCACUUCAAAAAUGUAGCAGCCCAUUUACAUGAUGUCGUGUAAUGUCAAUAAAAGGAGGAAGAAUCGAUAGAUUUCUGUCAAAUUUUAUUUUUAUUUAUCAAAUUUUAGAAAGACUUUAUUAACAAUUGAGUCAUCGUUUUGUGCACUUUUUAUACAGAUGUUUAUUGCUAUGUUAGUUCUAUGCAGUACAACGGGGGAUAGGAGUGGGCUGGGAGAGUCAAGACCUAAGAAUAACAAUCCAGAGCAUGUAGGACACUACCAGGCAGCCAUCCAUUACUUGGCAAAUUUGAUCUGAUUCAAUUAAAAAUAAGCAAGUUUUUAUCUUGUGUGGUCUUGUCUUGGACCUGUGAUCGCAGCUGUAUAUCAAGAAUUGGCCUCUUUAGUAACGCAAGAAAUUUCGAGGGGAAAGUAAUGUUCUCAAAGAUGUAAAAUGCCAGACAGACUUGUCUUGGACAACCACUAAAUAUCGCAUUGAAGUUGUAUAUUUUAAUGGUGUUGAAAGAUGACUAGAGCAUCAAAGCUUCAUUUGUCUCCUCAUUACCAUGAUUUAAAACAAACAUAAUCAAAUGUUUAGAGUUUUUUUUUCCCAACCAAUUACUAGUAAGAUAAGGCUCUUACCUCCUUGGUCUUCAUAAAAUGUUCCCUUGAGACCUAAAUGUUUGUAAGUCAUCUCAGAUAACUGUUUACAUGUGUAUCUAUCUAGUCAUAGUGAUGCUUAUAAAUGUGUUAAAAGUACUUGGAUUGAGUAGACCAUGAGACUUGCCCUAGAUAUCAGUACUGUCUCAUGUACCACUGCUACCACACAAGAAUUAAAAAUGUCUUUAAUUGUAGUAAAUCAUUAAACUAACUAUUAAUUACAUUUUUAUCAGAUUUAUUGCUACCCAAAUUUUGUAAACCUAUUUUAUUUCAAUGAUUUUUUUAUUUAUUUUGAAGCUUCUAAUCAGUUAUUUUGUAUUCCAUUCUCAAGCUUUCCAAUAUUUGUUUCAAAAGGAAACAUGUUAAAAAAAACACAGCAAACAAAAAACAGACAUUAUAAUUUUUUGUUUUGAAAUUUGCAUUGUGCUUCAUGGUCUGUACAUUGAAAAAUUUUUAUCUGACUGAAAAGUUUUUUUUGUUUUUUUUUUAAAUACUUUUCACAGAGCACUGAAAUAUUUUGAUUUGUGUUGGCAUAAAACAUUUUAAAAUUGUCCAAAUGAUUCAGCCAAUAUAUUAUGUAGAUAAUCACUGUGUAAUUUUUAUUUGUGUAAAUAGUCUUUUACUAACUUACACUGGCGGUGUAGGAUUGGGGGGGGGGGGGGGCAAAUGGAGAGUGGGCUACAGAGUUAUUGGAAAGUUGUAUUUAUUUGCCUUGAAUGAGUUAACAGUUUACUUCUACAUUUUGUGGGGGAGGCCAUGGUACAAAUAAUGUUUACUUGUUGUCUUGUUUUGAAGUCAAAGAAAAUAAAAUGUUUGAAUUCAC